CCUAUUGAUCACAAGUAUUAUCAGUCAGGAGACCUUCUAAUUGCUGGCAUUGUUUCUCAAGUGUUUAAGUUUUCUGACACUGCAACAUUUGAAGCCCGUCCCUCUCCCAGUUUCUCUGAUAACGUCAUUUAUUUUUCCUCCAUGUCUACCUAUCACGCUGCAAUGGAACUUCUCUCCACAAAGGGAAGGUUCAUUCCUAACUACAAGUGUGACAACCGGAACAACUUAGUAGCAGUUUUUGGGGGACCAAAGUCCAAUUUCUGCCUCUACAUGGCAGACAUUCUGUGCAUUUACAAGAUUCCUCAGCUCAUCUAUGGCUCUGCUCCGGCGAUGAACAACAAAAAAGAAGCCACUUUCCUCUACAAGAUGUUCCCCAAUUUGUCAAAUCAGUACAUGGGGAUUAUGAAGUUACUGCUUUAUUUCAGAUGGAUAUGGGUUGGGGUGAUCUAUGUGGAUAAUGAACCUGGGCAGCGAUUUCUACAGGAGACGCUUCCUGUCUUUUCUGAGCAUGGUAUCUGCUUUGAUUUUGUCCUAAAUUUCCCAACUAUGACUUUUUCUAAUUCUCUUUUGGAAAUGGUGAUCGGAGGCAGCAACCUAUCCUUACUUGUCAUGGAAAGCACAGCCAAAGCGGUGGUGGUACAUGGCGAAAUUCAGACCAUGAUAGUUUUGCGACUAUUGCUGAGGGGUGCAGAAAUUAAGGAGAUACCAAUGAGGACAAAAGCCAAAGUCUGGAUUUGGAUAGCCCAGAUGGAUUUCACGUCAAUGGAUUUUCAGAGAGGUUGGGACUUAGAUUUCCUCCACGGUGCUCUAUCCUUUGCAGCUCAUUCAAGGGAGGUGUUAGGAUUUGGUCAGUUUCUUCAGGUGAGAGACCCUUCUUCUGAGACAGAAGAUGGCUUCAUUGGGGACUUCUGGAGGCAUGCGUUUGGCUGUUCACUCCCUAGUACCACAGAAGGCAUGGCCGAUGAAGAAAUCUGCACUGGGGAGGAGAAGCUGGAGAGUCUUCCUGGGUCUGUCUUUGAAAUGAGCAUGACCGGCCACAGCUACAGCCUCUACAAUGCUGUCUAUGUGGUGGCACAUGCAUUGCAUGCCAUGUAUUCAUCCAUGCUCAAUCAUAUAGCAGUGGCAGACGGAGAAAGAAAAAAGCUUCUGAGACAACAGCCAUGGCAGUUCCAUGAAUUUUUGAAAAGGGUCUCAUUCAACAACAGCGCCGGGGACAUGGUUUCCUUUGACCAAAAUGGGGAGAUAGCAGCUGGAUUUGAUAUCAUCAAUUGGGUCACAUUUCCCAACAUGUCCUUUCUUAGAGCCAAAGUGGGAAGGAUUGAGCCCAAAGCUCCCCCAAACAAAGUGUUCACCAUCCGUGAAGAUGCAAUCAUUUGGCCCCAGAUGUUUAAUCAGGUGCAGCCCCUUUCUCUCUGCAAUGACCGAUGUCAUUCAGGCGACAGUAAGAGUAAAAAGGAAGGGGAACCAUUUUGCUGCUAUGAUUGCCUUCCAUGUCCAGAAGGGAAGAUUUCAAACCUAGAAGAUGCCAAUGACUGUUUUCAGUGCCCAGAAGAUCAGUAUCCAAAUACUGAUCGGGAUUUAUGUCUGCAAAAACAUAUAACCUUUCUGUCUUAUGAAGAACCUUUGGGGAUCACUUUGGCCAUUUUUGCACUUUCCUUCUCUUUGGUGGCAGCUUUUGUGCUCGGGAUCUUCGUUAAGCACCAGGACACCCCCAUAGUCAAAGCCAACAACCGGGAUCUCUCCUACAUUCUCCUCAUCUCCCUCCUGCUCUCCUUUCUUUGCGCUCUGCUGUUCAUUGGCCGACCUAAGAAGAUGUCGUGUCUCCUUCGACAAACUACGUUUGGCAUCAUCUUCUCAGUGGCCGUUUCUUGCGUGUUGGCCAAGACUGUUAUUGUGGUUUUAGCUUUCUUAGCCACCAAACCGGGGUCCAGGAUGAGGAACUGGGUGGGGAAACGCCUGGCCAACUCCAUUGUUCUUUCUUGCUCCUUCAUUCAAACCACUAUUUGUAUAGUGUGGUUAAUCACUUCUCCUCCAUUCCCAGAUUUGGACAUGCACUCGCUCAGUGAAGAGAUUAUUCUGAAAUGUAAUGAAGGGUCAGUCACCAUGUUUUACUGUGUCUUGAGCUACAUGGGCUUCCUGGCCUCUGUGAGCUUCACUGUGGCUUUCCUGGGCAGGAAAUUACCUGAUAGUUUUAAUGAAGCCAAGUUCAUCACCUUCAGCAUGUUGGUCUUUUGCAGUGUUUGGCUGACCUUUGUCCCAACCUAUUUGAGCACAAAAGGAAAGUACAUGGUGGCAGUGGAGGUCUUCUCUAUCUUAGCCUCCAGCGCUGGGUUGCUGGCUUGUAUUUUUUGCCCUAAAUGCUUUAUUAUUGUUGUGAGGCCUGAACUGAACGACAAAGGUCAACUGAUAAGAAGACCCAAUGAGAGAAGAUAG